CAAAACACUUGAAAGAGAGAACAGGAGAAGGUUAAGACAAGAAGAGCAAGAGGCUCAGAUACAAAGAUCAGAACCUAUGAUGGAACCAGUUCCAGAACAACCUCAAACUGAAGAGGGCAAUGGUCAAGGAGCUGCCAACCUUCGACCUAGACAACCACAACGCCAAGCUAGGGCCAUCGGUACAUAUGAUCAACCUAACAUAAAUGGGAAUAGGUUGGGCAUUAGGGCACCGCCAGUUGCCAACAACAAUUUCGAGAUCAAGUCCAGCCUCAUCAACAUGAUUGAAAACAACAAGUACCAUGGACUUGCCUUGGAAGACCCACUAGAUCACCUUGACAGAUUUGAUAAGUACUGUGGCUUGUCAAAAACAAAUGGAGUUUCAGAGGAUGCUUUCAAGCUCAGAUUGUUUCCCUUCUCUUUGGGAGACAAGGCUCACACUUGGGAGAAAAACAUCUCAAGUGAUACUAUCACCACUUGGGAUGAAUGCAAGAAGGCCUUCCUCAACAAGUUCUUCUCUGCUACAAGGACUGCCAACCUUAGAAAUCAGAUCUCUGGUUUUCAACAAAGAGGACUUGAAGGAUUUUCAGAGGCAUGGGAGAGAUUCAGAAGCUACUUGUCUCAAUGUCCCCACCAUGGCUUCAACAAUGAGAGCUUGCUAAGCACUUUCUACAGAGGAGUCUUGCCUAAAUUCAAAAGCCAGCUUGACACUGCAAGCAAUGGAAACUUCUUGGGGAGGACUGUCGAAGAUGCUUUAGAACUCUUGGAGAACAUGGCACAGAGUGACUCUGUCUACAAUGAUGAAUAUGAUAGAAGAGACAGAGGUGGUGGAGGAGAAGAUAUGACCACAAAGAGAGAGCUGAAAGCACUUCAAGACAAGAUUGACAUGCUACUAUCAGAAAAGACCAAGAAAGAGGAGUUACAUAUGGUUGCUGAAGUUGAUGGAGUAGAAUGCCAAGAAGAUAUGUACUAUGUCAAUGCUCAGGGUACAUGGUACAAGAAGGAGCCUGACUAUCAAUACCAGAACAACUACCAACAGAAACCCUUCUACAACAACCAACAGAAGCCAUUCAACAACUACCAGCCAAGACCAUUCUACAACAAUCAGCCUAAGCCAUUCUACAACAACAACCAAGGUGGUUACCAACCCAAACAGAACUUCCCUCCUGGAUUCUCACCAAAACCAAGUCAACCUGCACAAGACCAAGCUGGAUCAUCAACACAACCUCCACAAGAGAGUAGUACUGAAGCUAUGCUGAAACAAUUAUUGGAGGGACAAGCAAGAAGUGAGAAACAAUUAGGGUAUGAGCUGAAAAAUCUCCACAACAAGAUUGAUGGGAAUUACCAUGAUCUAAACAACAAGUUCAAAGCCUUGGAGAACCAGUUUGUCUCUAUGACAGCCAGCUCAAGUCGCCAACAAGGUUCCCUACCUGGAAAGCCUGAACAAAACCCAAAGGAGACAAUGAAGGCAAUCACCCUAAGGAGUGGAAGAGAGUUGCCUCCUAAAGUUCUCAUUAAGGAUAAUGAGAAACAAGGUGGGGAGGUGGUCAUCAAUGUAGAUGAUGAUGUGGUGAUUGUGGAUGAGAAGACUAAUGAGGAAAUCUUGGAGAAGAUAGUUGAAGCUAAGGGCAAGAGAAAGAUUGGAGAGGAGAAAGUUGAGAACAAAAAUGAGGCUGCUACAUCAACAAAGGAGAAAUUGUUCACUCCUCCUCCCUAUGAGCCAAAGCUUCCCUUUCCUGGAAGAUUCAAGAAGCAACUCCUAGAGAAGUACAAAGCCUUGUUUGACAAGCAAAUGAGUGAAGUUCAGCUCACCAUGCCCAUAAUUGAUGCAUUUAUGCUGGUUCCACAAUACAGCAAGUUCUUGAAAGAUGCUGUAGAACAAAAGAAGAAAGAGAUGGAAGGGAUGGUGAUUCUUACUCAUGAGUGCAGUGCCAUUAUUCAGAGACUGACUGUCCCAAGGAAGCUAGAAGACCCUGGUAGUUUCACCCUGCCAUGCGCCAUUGGACCUUUGACAUUUGAGAGAUGUCUAUGUGAUUUGGGAGCAAGUGUCAGCCUCAUGCCACUAUCCAUUGCCAAGAAGCUUGGGUUUACACAAUAUAAAAAGUGCAAGAUCUCUUUGGUGCUAGCUGAUCGAUCUGUCAAGCUCCCCAUUGGCAUCCUAGAAGAUCUUCCUGUCAAGAUAGGAAAUUGUGAAGUGCCUACUGACUUUGUAGUGCUUGAGAUGGAUGAAGAGCCUAGAGAUCCUUUGAUCUUUGGAAGACCUUUCUUGGCAACUGCUGGAGCAAUGGUGAAUGUGAGAGAUGGCACAAUUGAUCUCCACCUUGGAAAAGAUCACAUUCUCCAUUUUGAUAUCAAGGAGAUGAUGAAGAAGCCCACAACUCAAGGAGAAAUAUUCUACAUUGAUGAGAUGGAUGCCUUGGCUGAUGAUUUCCUUGAGGAGUUAGUGAUUGAGGACUCUUUUCAACAUGCCCUGACCAUUGAAAGAGAGACCCAAAUGAUUGAAAACAAGGAGAGUGAUGAGCUAGUAAGAAGGCUAGAUGUUCACCUUGAGGAGGAUGGAGAAGAUGAGUUCAUGGAGUUGCCACAAAUGACUCAACAUGCUGCCUCAGCAGACAUUCAAGAGAACCUCCAUGAAGCUGAUUGGAGUGAGCUCAAGGCACCAAAAGUGGAGCUUAAACCUCUUCCCCAUGGUGUAAGGGUAUUACAGAGAUGUGAGGACACUAACCUGGUGCUCAAUUGGGAGAAGUGUCACUUCAUGGUCAAGGAAGGGAUUGUUCUUGGACACAAAGUUUCUGAGAAAGGAAUUGAAGUGGACAAAGCCAAGAUAGAUGUCAUGGUUGGUCUAGCUCCACCAAGAACAGUGAAGGAUAUAAGAAGCUUUCUGGGUCAUGCCGGUUUCUAUAGAAGAUUCAUCAUGGAUUUCUCUAAGAUAGCUAGACCAUUGACCAGGCUGUUAUGCAAAGAAGCUGCAUUUCACUUCGAUGAGGAGUGUAUGGAAGCUUUCAAAAACCUGAAGAAUGCACUCAUCAGUGCACCCAUAGUUCAACCGCCAGAUUGGGAUCUCCCCUUUGAGAUCAUGUGUGAUGCAAGUGACUUUGCUGUAGGAGCAGUCCUAGGCCAGAAGAGAGACAAGAAGUCACAUGUGAUCUACUAUGCAAGUAGAACCCUUGAUGAAGCUCAAGCUAAAUACUCUACAACUGAGAAGGAGCUAUUGGCCAUUGUCUUUGCAUUUGAGAAGUUCAGAAGCUACUUGGUUGGGUCAAAGGUGACUGUCUACACUGAUCAUGCUGCAUUGAGACACCUCUUAGCCAAGAAAGAUGCAAAACCAAGACUGUUGAGGUGGAUUCUGCUGCUACAAGAGUUUGAUCUUGAGAUCAAGGACAGGCCUGGAGUUGAGAAUGGAGUAGCUGAUCACCUGUCCAGGUUGAAGGUGGAGUGUGGAAUCCCUAUUGAUGACAGACUUCCAGAAGAGCAAAUGAUGGCUAUUCAUGCAGUGGUAGCUGUUUGUGAGACAGGAAAGAAACUUGAAGAGGUGAAGGCAGCUGAUGAGAAGGGUCCUUGGUAUGCUGAUAUAGUCAACUACUUAGCUAGUGGAAAAGAGCCAUUGAACCUUGAAGGUUAUGCCAAGAAGAAGUUCUAUAAGGAUGUGAAGAGAUAUUAUUGGGAUGAGCCUUACCUCUACAUACUUUGUAGAGAUCAACUCUAUAGAAGGGCAGUGGCUGAAGAAGAAAUUGAUGGGAUCCUUACACAUUGUCAUGGAUCAUCCUAUGGAGGCCACUUUGCUACAUUUAAGACAGUUGCAAAGGUGCUACAAGCUGGAUUUUGGUGGCCUCACAUGUUUAAAGACACCCAAGACUUUGUCUCAAGGUGUGACUCUUGUCAAAGAAGAGGAAACAUCACCAAGAGGAAUGAAAUGCCUCAAAACCCCAUCCUAGAAGUUGAAGUGUUUGAUGUCUGGGGUAUUGACUUCAUGGGGCCUUUUCCUUCAUCUUAUAGCAACAAGUACAUACUGGUGGCUGUAGAUUAUGUCUCUAAGUGGGUUGAAGCAAUUGCAAGUCCAACCAAUGAUGCAAAGGUGGUUCUAAAAAUGUUCAAGAGCAUAAUCUUUCCAAGGUUUGGGAUUCCAAGAGUUGUGAUCAGUGAUGGAGGGUCUCACUUCAUCAACAAACUGUUUGCAAACCUCCUUAAGAAGAAUGGUGUGAAGCACAAGGUUGCAACUCCUUACCACCCCCAAACAAGUGGUCAAGUUGAGAUUUCCAACAGGGAGAUCAAGUCCAUUCUGGAGAAGAUUGUGGGGGUUACAAGGAAAGAUUGGUCCAUCAAGCUUGAUGAUGCAUUGUGGGCUUAUAGGACAGCUUACAAGACACCUUUGGGAACUACACCUUUCAACCUUCUCUAUGGAAAAUCUUGCCAUCUACCAGUUGAGCUUGAGUACAAGGCACUAUGGGCAGUCAAGUUGCUGAACUUUGACAUCAAGAGUGCCAAGGAGAAGAGAUUGAUCCAGCUGAAUGAACUUGAUGAGAUAAGACUUGAAGCUUUUGAAAGUUCAAAGAUCUACAAAGAGAAAACAAAGGCUCUCCAUGACAAACAUAUCCUGAAAAGAGACUUUAAAGAAGGAGAUCAAGUUCUUCUCUACAACUCCAGACUGAAGUUGUUUCCAGGCAAGCUCAAGUCAAGGUGGUCUGGUCCUUUCAAGGUUAAAGAGGUUAAACCUUAUGGAGCAAUAGUUUUGUGGAGUUCUGAUGGAAGAGAGUUCACCAUCAAUGGACAAAGGGCUAAGCUUUACUUGGGAACCAAAUCGGAAGACCUGGGAACUUCAGUUCCACUUUCCGAUCCAACCACAGUCUAACCUAAAGGAGGCAAAGUCAAGCUAGAGACUUAAAACAAGCUCACUUGGGAGGAAAUCCCAAGAGUAUCCUUUGUAUAUAUGUGUGAAUGUUUUUAAUAAAUUGUGUGAACUAUCCUUGUUUGUGUGUUUGUUUGUGUGAAUUGUGUGUGAUUUCAGUUUGGAAGGUGCUCAGGAAAAGGAAAGGAUUCAAAAGA